CCGCUUCCGGUGUGAGCGGCCGAGCCGGGGGGGCAAGAUGGCGGCGGCAGUAGGGGUCCGCGGCCGGUGCGAGCUGCUACCUUGCUCCGGCCCGGGCUGGCUCCUCAGCCUUUCUGCCUUGCUGAGUGUGGCAGCGCGAGGGGCCUUGGCCACCACGCACUGGGUCGUCACGGAGGACGGGAAGAUCCAGCAGCAGGUAGAUUCACCAAUGAACUUGAAGCAUCCCCAUGACUUAGUCAUAUUAAUGAGACAAGAAACAACAGUAAACUACCUCAAAGAAUUGGAGAAACAAUUAGUUGCUCAAAAAAUUCACAUAGAAGAAAAUGAGGACAGAGACACGGGACUGGAACAGAGACAUAACAAAGAAGAUCCAGACUGCAUCAAAGCCAAGGUGCCCCUCGGGGACCUGGAUCUGUACGAUGGCACAUACAUAACGUUAGAGAGCAAAGACAUCAGCCCUGAAGAUUAUAUAGACACAGAAUCUCCUGUCCCUCCAGACCCUGAGCAACCUGAUUGUACUAAAAUUCUCGAACUUCCUUAUAGUAUACAUGCUUUUCAGCAUUUACGGGGUGUGCAAGAAAGAGUUAAUCUUUCUGCACCUCUGUUGCCUAAGGACGAUCCUGUCUUCACAUAUUUAUCUAAGCGAUUGGGAAGGAAUAUAGAUGACAUUGGUCACCUCAUUCAUGAAGGUUUACAGAAGAAUUCUUCCUCUUGGGUACUGUAUAAUAUGGCUUCAUUUUACUGGCGAAUAAAGAAUGAGCCGUAUCAGGUAGUGGAAUGUGCCAUGCGAGCACUUCACUUCUCUUCCAGGCACAAUAAAGACAUCGCCCUGGUCAACCUGGCGAACGUUCUGCACAGAGCACACUUCUCUGCUGACGCUGCUGUCGUGGUCCACGCAGCUCUGGAUGACAGUGACUUCUUCACCAGCUAUUACACUUUGGGGAAUAUAUAUGCAAUGCUUGGGGAGUAUAACCACUCAGUGCUCUGUUAUGACCAUGCUUUGCAGGCCAAACCUGGGUUUGAGCAGGCUAUAAAGAGAAAGCAUGCUGUCCUGUGUCAGCAAAAACUGGAACAAAAAUUGGAGGCUCAACAUAGAUCCCUCCAGAGAACACUAAAUGAGUUGAAAGAGUAUCAAAAGCAGCAUGACCACUACCUGAGACAGCAGGAAAUCCUAGAAAAACACAAGCUGAUUCAGGAGGAGCAAAUUCUAAGAAAUAUCAUCCAUGAGACUCAGAUGGCAAAAGAGGCACAACUAGGAAACCAUCAGAUCUGCCGUCUGGUUAAUCAGCAGCAUAGCUUACACUGCCAGUGGGACCAGCCUGUGCGCUACCAUCGUGGAGAUAUCUUUGAAAAUGUGGACUACGUUCAGUUUGGUGAGGAUUCAUCAACCUCCAGUAUGAUGUCUGUGAACUUUGAUGUUCAAGCAAAUCAGAGUGAUGUCAGUGACUCUGUAAAGUCUUCCCCUGUAGCCCAUUCUAUUCUCUGGAUCUGGGGCAGGGACUCUGAUGCAUAUAGGGACAAACAGCACAUUCUAUGGCCUAAAAGAGCAGACUGUGCAGAAAGCUACCCUAGAGUCCCCGUUGGUGGGGAAUUGCCAACAUAUUUUCUGCCUCCGGAAAACAAAGGACUCAGGAUCCACGAACUCACCAGUGAUGAUUAUUCUUCAGAAGAGGAGGCCCAAACCCCUGACUGUUCCAUAACUGACUUCAGAAAAAGCCACACCCUGUCCUACUUAGUCAAAGAAUUAGAGGUCCGCAUGGAUCUGAAAGCCAAAAUGCCAGAUGACCAUGCACGAAAAAUCUUGCUUUCCCGUAUUAAGAACUAUACUAUCCCAGAAGAGGAAAUUGGGUCUUUCUUAUUUCAUGCUAUUAACAAGCCAAAUGCUCCAGUCUGGCUCAUACUUAAUGAAGCUGGACUGUAUUGGAGAGCAGUAGGAAACAGCACUUUCGCUAUUGCCUGUCUUCAGAGGGCUUUGAAUUUAGCUCCUCUUCAGUACCAGGAUGUUCCUCUUGUCAACUUGGCCAAUCUUUUAAUUCACUAUGGCCUUCAUCUUGAUGCCACAAAGCUGCUGCUUCAAGCUUUGGCCAUUAAUAGCUCGGAGCCCCUGACCUUUUUGAGCCUGGGAAAUGCUUACCUUGCGCUGAAGAAUAUCAGUGGAGCACUUGAAGCCUUUAGACAGGCUUUGAAAUUAACUACCAAAUGCCCAGAGUGUGAGAACAGCCUGAAGUUGAUCCGCUGUAUGCAGUUUUACCCUUUUCUGUACAACAUCACCUCUUCUGUUUGCAGUGGUCAUUGUCAUGAGAAAACCCUGGACAACAGCCACGACAAGCAGAAAUACUUUGACAACGCACAGGCACUAGAUGCUGCUUACGAGGAGCCGUCUGAGAAGGGAGCAGAGGAGGACCCCGUGCUUUCUGUUGAGAAUUCAGGGAGACACUCAGAGGCCCUUAGACUGGAGAGUACAGUGGUUGAGGAGAGCAAUGGUUCCGAUGAGAUGGAGAAUUCAGAUGAAACAAAGAUGUCAGAAGAGAUACUGGCCUUGGUGGAUGAAUUUCAACAGGCGUGGCCUCUGGAGGGCCUUGGUGGAGCACUGGAGAUGAAGGGGCGGCGUCUAGACUUGCAGGGGAUACGCGUGCUGAAGAAAGGCCCCCAGGACGGAGUGGCCAGAAGCUCUUGCUAUGGAGACUGCAAAAGUGAAGAUGAUGAAGCAACAGAAUGGAUCACAUUCCAGGUUAAACGAGUAAAGAAACCCAAAGGAGAUCAUAAGAAAACUCCUGGGAAAAAGGUGGAAUCAAAUCAAGCAGAAAAUGGACAUCGUUACCAAACAAACCUGGAGAUCACUGGCCCCAAGGUGGCAUCUCCUGGGCCACAAGGAAAAAAACGUGACUACCAGAGUCUGGGAUGGCCCAGCCCAGACGAAUGCCUCAAACUCCGCUGGGUAGAGCUGACUGCCAUUGUGAGCACCUGGCUUGCAGUUUCUUCAAAAAACAUCGACAUCACAGAACACAUAGACUUUGCCACCCCAAUACAGCAGCCAGCGAUGGAGCCCCUCUGCAAUGGCAACCUACCCACGAGUAUGCAUACCCUGGACCACCUGCACGGGGUUUCGAACCGAGCCAGUCUGCACUACACGGGUGAGAGUCAGUUAACAGAGGUACUGCAGAAUCUUGGCAAAGACCAGUAUCCGCAGCAGUCACUUGAACAAAUUGGCACCCGAAUUGCCAAAGUUUUGGAAAAGGCCCCUUCUUGAGAGGUCUGUGACUGGAGAAUGAACUUCAGACCACCAAAGUGACUACACCACAUUGGUGUAAGGAACGAGAAGCAAACAUUGUGUAUUUGCCUGGAGGAUCAAGACUUAAUAAUGGCUCUGGGGCCCAGCAUUGGAUGCUACAAGUUAAGCUGCCGCCUGCAAUGCCAGCAUCUCAUAUGGGCCCAGGUUCUCAUCCCAGCUGCUCCGCUUCUGAUCCAGCUCCCUGCUAAUGCACCUGGAAAAGCAGAGGAAGAUGACCCAAGUAUUUGGGUCCCCGUCACCUACCAGGGAAACCCAGAUUGAGUUCCUGGCUCUUAUUUUAAGCCUGUCCCAGCCCCAACUUUUGCAGCCACUGGGGAGUGAACAAAUCUGUCUCUCUCCUCCCAACUUCUUUCUCCCUCUGUCACUCUGCCUUUCAAAUAAAUAACUAAAUCUAUUUUUAAUAUAACUUAUAAAAAUGAUACAACAUGUUUUUGAUCUCCAAACCUAGCAAGAUAAAAUUAAGAUUAAAAAAAACUUGGGACAGGCAUUUGGCAUAGAAGUUAAGAUGCCCACACCCCAUACCGGAGCACCUGGGUUCAAUUUCCAGCUCUGGCUCCUGACUCAAGUUUCCUGCCAGUGCACACCAUGCGUAGCUCAGGUAGUUAAAUUCAUGCCACCCACCUGGGAGACCUGGAUUUGGUUCCUGGCUCCUGACUGUGGUCCCAGCCUAGCGCCAGCCAUUGUGGGCAGUUGAGUAGUAAACCAGAAGAUGGGAGCUUUUUCUCUUCCCCUCUUUAUCUGCCUCAGAUAAACAAAUUACAUAAGUUUAUUAAAAAUACCAAAAAAGUUUGAAGUGACAAGGAAAUAAAUUUUGUAUUACUGAAGAUAACAGUUCACCAUGAAGUUGCAAUAUUUGUUUUAUAAUAAUUUGUUAUUGGGGGGCCAGCGCUGUGGCGCACUAGUUUAAUCCUCUACCUGCGGUGCCAGCAUCCCAUAUGGGCACCGGUUCUAGUCCCGGUUGCUCCUCUUCCAGUCCAGCUCUGUGCUGUGGCCUGGGAAAGCAGUAGAAGAUGGCCCAGGUGCUUGGGCCCCUGCACCUGCAUGGGAGACCCGGAAGAAGCUCCUGGCUCCUGGCUUCGGAUCAGUUCAGUUCUGGCCAUUGCGGCCAUUUGGGGAGUGAACCAUCGGAAGGAAGACCUUUCUCUCUGUCUCUCUCUCACUGUCUAUAACUCUACCUGUCAAAUAAAUAAAAUCUUUAAAAUAACAAUAAUAAUAAUUUAUUAAUAUUUGUUUACAUGUUAACUAAGAAAAAUUUCAUAAAGCAGAAACUAAAGGAGAUUCAGAGAAAAUAGAAUAUACCGCAAUUAAAAGUAAAAAAAAAAGUAAAAGGCAGCUCUUGCCUCUCCCAGGUCUCAAGCCAGAGCAAGGCUUUCAAAGCCAGUAAUGGAGUGCCGAGAGGCAUCUCCAGCCGCAAAACAAAGAACUGAGCUCUCCCACCUUCCAGUGGCCCCAGACCCUACAGUUCUGACGUCCUUGGAAGUGUCACUAGGACAAACAGGCGUCACCACUAGGCCCUGACCACUGAGUGUGCCAUGAAGAAGACAGAAGGCAACACCACACGUGUGCUUAUUGUGGAUGUCAAAGCCAGCAAGCACCAGACCAAACAGGCAGUAAAGAGACUCUGACAUUGAACUAGGAGAAGGGACCCCUGAUUAUGAUGCCUUGUGUAUUGCCAAAAAAAUUAUGGAGAUCCUCCAAACUGAGUUCAGCUGGCUAAUUCUCAAUAUAUAGAGUUUCGGGACUGGCACUGUGGCACAGCAGGUAAAGCCACUGCCUGCAGUGCCAGCAUCCCAUAUGGGUGCCAGUCAUGUCCCAGCUGCCCCACUUCCAAUCCAGCUCUCUUCUGAUGCACCUGGAAAAGCGGAGGAGGAUGGCCCAAGUUGUUGGGCCCCUGCACCCACAUGAGAGACCCCAAUGAAGCUCCUCUCUCUUGGCUUCGGCCUGGCCCAGCCAGGGCUGUUGCAGCCAUUUGGGGAGUGAACCAGCAGAUGGAAGAACUCUGCCUCUGCCUCUACCUCUGCCUCUGCCUCUGCCUCUCCCUCCCUAUAAAUCUGACUUUCAAAUAAAAUAGAUAUUUUUUAAGAAGGAAUAUCUAUUUUUUCACCAUUAAUAAUAAUAUUAUAAUAAUAGACAAAAAAGAUAGGAAGGAUAUAAAAAAACUAAAGUGUAAUUGUAGGACCGACCUUGUUAAACAUAUAAAACUCAAAAUUUUAAUAAUAGAAAAUAUAUCUUUUCUUUGUUUGAAACUAGAAUAUUCAUGAAACUUGAUGAUGUCAGAGCAGUGAACAAAUUCAGAUAAAUUCCAGAAAAAUAAAAAUAGCACUCUCUGACCAGAAUGCAAAAAGUAAAAACCAUUCAUAUAAAUCUUCAUAUUGAUAAGGGGGGGGAGUCAGAAUCACAUACAUGCCUGGACACAUUCAACACCGACUUGCCACAUUAACUCUAAGUUAAGAACUGGUGCGUAUUUCUCUUCCUUUUCUCAGUAGAAAGGCCACGACCCUCCCAGAUACCUUCUAGAUGCUUUCCCACCAAAGCCGAGAACAAGACAAGAAUGUCCAGUAUAUUUGCUACUACUCAGCACGCACUUAGAGGCAUUGAGGUGGAUAGGGAAGACAGGCGUAUUCAGGAUGCCUGAUGAUAAGAUCAUAUGUCCAGAAAACCCCAAAGAAUAAGAGAAUUUAGUGAGAUAAUAGAUUAAACAUUAAUGCAGAUACAGAAUUAAUAUCUCAGUUGGGAUAUAAUAGGCCAAGGAAGGUCGGUGAAUUGCCAUAACUUUUUAAAAAGAAAGAUAAACUUUUAAAAUCAUGUUUCUAAAGGCAUCAGAAAGCUAUGGAGGCAACAAAAUAUGAAAGAACUAAAUUACUAGUGACAGAAGAACCUUCCCAAGGUGAACUGUCGAUUGCCAGCUGUCUCUCCCCUCCGGGAGCGCUUAACUGAUCCUGGGUGUGUGCUAGGGGUUGGGCUCAGCCCAGGGAGAAGGCCAGUGCUGGGGAAAGGAGAAACCAGUGAAGCUUUUAGCAGUUGCUCAAGGUAGGAUUAACAGGUUGGAAAGCAAACACAUGGCUAGUUUUUCUCCAAGGAACAUUUAAUUACAGCUAAGGCCACACAGGAGCCUGGGGAAUUCAGCUGAAAACUUUAAGAAGGUGGAGUGAAAUAACUCACACACUGCUUAGGAAACAAGGACGCCAGGUGGCAGCCAGCCUGCAGCCCAUGGCUGGUCUUGCCUUCAGGAGUUAUCUUGAUGCUGCAUAUGGGAGACUGAGGUGGGUUGGGAAACUCUAAGACAAAGUCCUUGAACUGUAAGCAAGCCACAACCCAGAUGACAGGAGUGAGUGGAUCAGACCUCACCUGAUGUGCCAAGAGUGAAGGGGAAACCCGCCCUGAUGAAGUGUGGCAUCCUCUGGAGUUUCUGUGGUUCUGAGUACACAAGGACUGAAUACAGUUCAGAGAAGCAGGGUCAUGUGAUUGACAGCCAGGCAAGUACAGUCAAGAGGAGCAGACGCAUAGAGUAUCCUGAUACAGAAUAGAAACUAUCAACUCCCAACUUGACUCUCACUGGGAUUAAACAUGACAAUAGGUCUGAUCUGAUUUCAUCAUCAUUAAAAAAAAUCAUCUAUUAUUUUUCACUUUAUGUUUCUGUGUGGGAGCAAACUGUUGAAAUCCUUACUUAAUGUAUACUAAGCUGAUCUUCUGUAUAUUAAGAUAAUCGA